ACUAGCCACCACAUGUACCCUUGGCCGAGACCACUCUACAGUGACAGGCAGGAGAAUCAGUGUUCACUCUCCUUAACCUGGGAGAACAGCUUUGGCCUUGCCGACCAUGGUAUUAUGGGCCUUCAGAUCAGAGGGCUGUCUGGGGCCCAAGGUGUACUCAGAGGUCCCAGAUGGAGGCUGGGGUUGGAUUGUGGCCAUGGCCUUUUUUAUCGUAGAGGCCUUCACCUACGGAGUCAUCAAAAGCUUCGGUAUUUUCCUCAAGGAUCUCAUGUGUGAGUUCAAUGAGAGCAACAGUCGGGUUUCAUGGAUCAUCUCUAUAUGUGUGUUUGUAAUGACCUUCACAGCUCCAUUGUCGACUGUGCUGAGUAAUCGAUUUGGCUUCCAGCCUGUCGUGAUGUUUGGUGGACUCCUCAUUUCCCUGGGAACAAUCUCCACUGCUUUCACCAGCUACAUACAUCAGAUUUACGUCACUAUUGGGAUAGUUGCUGGUCUAGGUUACUGUUUGACAUUUCUCCCCACUGUUACAAUACUGUCCCAGUACUUCAGCAGACAGCGAUCCUUGGUGACUGCCAUGGCCUCCACAGGAGAAUCAUUUGCUAUAUUUGCUUUUGCUCCAGCAUUCACAGAACUUAAGACACAUAUUGGAUGGAGAUACACGAUAGUGGUGCUUGGAAUACUACAGAGUACAAUCAUUAUAUGUGGUGCUUUGCUUCGUCCCAUGAUAAUCAGGCCUAAGACUACUGCAAGUUGUACCCAGGCACUGCAAUCCAGAAAGCAGGAGAUAAUUAACUCUCUCCCAAAAGCUGAACUCAAUCACUCCUUGAGCCCCGACCCAGGCAUUCCAUCUCAUGAGAAGCAGGAACAGGGCCUUCGGACGCGGGAGCAGGAACAGGACCUUCGAACGGGGGAGCAGGAACAGGACCUUCAGACGGUGGAGCAGCAGGAAGAGGAGGAGGAACUCCUUCAGGCUCCUCCAUCCUACCAGGCUGCAGGGGUGCAGGCCAGAAACAAACUCCUGGACCUGUCUGUGCUGAAAGAAGGCAGCUUUGCAUGCUACGCCGCAUUUGGUCUUUUCGCAACGCUUGGCUUCUUUGCCCCACAGCUUUAUGUGGUGGAGCUCAGUGCCAGCAUGGGCACAGAAAGGGACAAGGCUGCCUACAUGCUGUCGAUAAUGGCUGUGGCAGAGAUCUUUGGACGGCUCUCUAUUGGCUGGCUCCUUAGCUGGGGGCGUGUAAGAAAGAUAUUUGUCCUGCUUGGAUGUGUAUCGCUGAUGUGUCUGGUGCUGGUGCUCUUCACCAUAGUAAAUGGCUUCUGGGGGCUGGCACUCUGCUGUGUGCUGUAUGGCUUUCUGCUAGGUAAUAUCGCAUCCACGCACAUCCCCAUGCUGGCCGAGGAUGAUGUGGUGGGCAUCAAGAGAAUGCCCUUAGCAGUGGGCAUCUAUGUCUGUAUCCAGAGUUUCGCAGGGCUAGCUGGGCCACCUUUGGGAGGAAUCCUGGUGGAUAUCACACAAAAUUACAGCUCGGCCUUCUACUCAUGUGCCAUAGGAACGGGUAUAGGUGCUCUCUUCCUUGGGCUGGUACGUCCAACAAAGACAGGUUGUCUUUGCACAAAGAAGCGCAUCAGUUCUCACCAACACAGCCCUGGAGCUAAGCAUGUGAUUGAAGAUAAUGUUGUGCCUGAGGAGAUCUUAGACAUUUCCCCAAACCCACAAGCUCAGUCCUAAAAAAAGAAAGUCUCCUCUGUGGACUUAGACAGGCAUAUUUAACUAGAAAAGCCAUUAAAUCUAUGGAAAUCUGGUAAAGAUCAUCUAAGACUGUGUAAAUCCGAAUGAAUUGUUUUAAAUUAUUGCUUAAGGUGAAGAGACAAAAACAGCAGGAUUACCCAACACCUGUCACUAAUGCAAUAGCUGCCUUAAAGAAUGAAAUCAGUUUUGGGCCUCAGGUUUUUUUAUCCUCUGCCAGAGUGAGACCAAUAACAUUCAAAUCUCUAUAUGGCCAUGUUGUUUUUACUCAGAUUUGGCAUUGAUGCAUUGCUGACUGCCUUAAUCCAGUCAUAUUCAACUAAUUUCAAACCAACUGUGCUCAAAGUUUUAGUUUUAACAAAAUUUAGUUUUAACAGUUGCAAUGCUGGGGGAUCUUGCUUUUUUUUAACACAAACCUCAUUAAUCAUGUUGUCCAUUAGAUUAAUUAAGUGUGUAUUUGUGCAUUUUUCCACUGGAACUGAAAUCCACUUUCUAGGUAGAAGGGCAGGACCACAAUACUACCCAUAGACUGCUACUGAGACUACCAAUAAUACUACAUGUAUCCAAAUUUAAAAUCUUAAAUUGGGUAAUCAUCUUUUGUUUUUAUGCAAAAUAGAAUUUAGGAAACAGUAGUAAUGUACUGCAAAGAUAUUUGCUGUAAUAAAAUGGGAACAAGUCGUAUUGAAACCAAAAACUGAGUAACCCAAAAGGAACCUGUCCUUCCAGGGAGUAAACCUCUUCCCCUGCUGCUGCAUGGACACCAGCAUCUCCUAUCUCACCAACAAAUCUGGUUUAUGAAAUUAAAUUAAUACAUUUUGAGAAGCAACACUAUCUCACUGAAAAAAAGUACAUAUAUUAAUCAUUUAGUAUCAGAUUUUAUGACAGUUACAUGGUUUGUCAUUUAAGAUUCCAAAAUUUCGCUAUUUUCUAAUUAGCUAGCAAAUAUUUUAUGAUUAGGUGCAUGAUUCAGAGGGUGAAUAGACAAGAUAAUUACGUGAUUCCAGCCAUCUCUGAAUUGGUUUGACUCUCUUGGGUUUUUCAUGCACAACAGAUGUGAAUGACUCACUAAUAAAUAAGUUAUAAAUUAAAUUGCAGUUUUACAGUACACCAUAAGAUAACAGAGACUCUAGCUUUCAUGUAUUAAAAGAUUACACUCAAAUUAUAUAAAAUAACACAUUAGAAUCACAUAAAAGGUACCUAAUAAUUAGCGUUCUUUUGUAGUAUAAAUGUGCUAUAUUAAAAGACUCACAACCUAACAAAUUGAGAAUGUUUAUUAAGUAAAGUUUUAGAUUUGUUUAACUAAUAAAUGGUCAGUUGUUUUCCCUUAUUUUUGGUAUUUUAGUGGAUUUAAUGGUCUUAAAAAACAAUGUACAUGAAAUACUAGAAUACUAUUAUUUUUCAUUCUUGAGGUAAACAGUCCUUAAGAAUGAAUUAUUUAUUGAUUUUAAUAUUUUUAGAUUUUUUUAUACUGAUGAAUUUUCUAUAAAUGUUUCAAUUGCUGCAGUUUUAUUAACUUUAUAGAUUUUUUUAACCUAUUUUGCGCUUUUCCCUGGAGAAUGACAUUAUAUUUAUUGGGUUUAUUUCUCUAUGUCACCAAGUCAACAUGUAGUAAAUACUGUCACUCUAUUACCAUACAGGAUGCACUCACUUGAACAGCUACACAUUACAGCUCAUAUUGAAUAAUUCAGUAUAUCUGGGGAGAAUAGCUAUGUAGUUUUCCUCCAAUGUUAGCUGAUCAAUUCAACUGUGAAUCUGUUACCAUAUGAACAUAAGACUUGACAGAACUUAGGUACAUUCAGUGUGAAUAUGAGAAUGGGAUGUUCAUAGUUAGCGUGUUUAAUACAAUGCCUUUAUAAUAACUGCCAAGGAUGUGAAAACCUCUAAAAGUGCAAGGAAAUCCUUAAAGAAUAAUUCUCAUUUUAUAGAGAAACAUAUAGACUAAGCACUAUUAUAACUCCUGAAUUCAUAUGUGAAAAUAUAUUUGCAAAGAUAUUAAAGCUCCUAAAGUGUGAGUCUGAAACAGUGUUCUGUAUGUCUGGAAGAGCAAUAGAAGGCCAACAAUUGUUAGUGGUUUUAUUUUUGAACAGCAAUAAAAGAACAAUAAAACUUGGAUAUUUUAAA